AUGGUGAGCCGAGGCAAUGGUGAUGUGAUCAUCAGCUUCAUGGCGUACUCAGAGGCCGCAUUGCAGGACCUCAACUUGAUUCCACAAAUUCCACACCUCCCGAUUCAUCCCCAGGUAGAUCGCUUGAACACUAUUGUGGCCAAGCUUCACCUGGCCGCCAAUGCCUCGGGUCUGCACGCUUGGGUGGAUCGCCACGAGGUGCGACGCGCACAAAACUGCAAUGGAAACGUCUCCGCGGCCAAGAAGAACUUGGGCUUCUUUGGCGUGCAGGGUGUCACUUACGUACUGGAUCGGAUCUACCCCAUGCGAGUCGAUCAGACAGACUUGACCUCCCUCGAGGCGGCCCGUGAACAGGACAUCGCCAAGGAGCACAACCACACGUACUUGGACCACCUCUCCCUGGCGGCACUCUGUAUGGAUGCUCAUGCACAGAGCCAACCUCUGCACGCUCACGGGCCAUGGCAUCGAUGUGAAGGACAGCUCGAAGACCUCUUCCUGCACAACGGCCCACAUCCUGUUUUCAUCGAGGAGCAGGGCAUCUUCCUCGGCUUGGGCCAUUUGGUUCGCGGCGAGACCACUUUUCGCAGCGGGUACAAGCUGCCUGACCACUACACGCAUCAGUACUUUGCCUUCUCCGCAGAACCUCCGUUCGAGCUGAUGGCAUUGUCCCCGGAGUUUUGCUUUAGCAGCCAGCAAGCUCCGGAGGACUGUGAGAGCAUUCAGUUUGCCAGCUCGCUCCUCCGAACUGGCGACAGCCUUCUGGUUGGUUUUGGUGUGCAAGAUUGUGACUCCUUUGUCCACCAGUUCGAUCUACACGAAGUGCUUCGAUCGCUGGUUCCGAUACAACAUUAA